AUGGCUGACUUUUUUGAAAAAGCUCGAAAAUUAGAAUCACGCGUACAAUCGGAUACUGAUCUUAAACUAUCAGAUACAUUAAGAUAUUAUAUGCGUGAUUCCAAAGCAGCACUUGAUUUAAUGUAUCGUCGUUCACGUUGUUUAGCAGAUUUUGAAACAGCAAAUAAAAAUUUAGAUCGUGCAAGAGCAAAAAAUAAAGAAGUUCAACAAGCUGAAACAACACAAGAAAAUAUCAAGAAAAAAUUUGAAGCGAUUUCAGAAAAAGCUAAAGAUGAAUUAAAUGAUUUUAAAACACGUAGAGUACAAAUGUUUCGUAAAAAUUUAAUUGAAUUAACUGAACUUCAAAUUAAACAUACUAAAGCUCAAAUUCAAAUGAUUAAAGGUGUUUUACAACAAAGUGAAACGCUCUCAUAA